GACCUACGCUCAAGAAACCGUAUGAGCCAAGAAUCAAAAUCUCUAAAACGUCAGUGGAUGGUGACCCACAUUUCGUUGUGGAUUUCCCCUUGAGCAAACUCACUGUCUGCUUCAACAUUGAUGGGCAGCCCGGGGACAUCCUCAGGCUGGUCUCUGAUCACAUGGGCUCUGGUGUGACAGUGAAUGGAGAGUUAAUCGGGGCCCCGGCGCCUCCAACAGGUCACAAGAAACAGCGCACAUACUUCCGCACCAUCACCAUCCUUGUCAAUAAGCCACAGAGAUACUAUCUCGAGAUCACACCCAACAGAGUCAUCUUGGAUGGGGGGGACAGGCUGGUCCUCCCCUGCAACCGGAGCACGGUGGUGGGGAGUCAGGGGCUGGAGGUGUCGGUGUCUGCCAAUGCCAACGUUACCGUCACCAUCCAGGGCUCUAUUGCCUUUGUCAUCCUCAUUCACCUCUACAAGAAGCCAGCGCCCUUCCAGAGAAACCACCUGGGCUUCUACAUCUCCAGCAGCAAAGGCCUUUCCAGCAGCUGCCACGGACUGUUAGGUCAGUUCCUGAACCAGGAUGCCAGACUCACCGAGCAGCCCGCCGGGCUCAGCCAGAACUUCACUCACCCUCCGUCCUCCCAGCCAGGACGGGGGUCUGAGCCUGUCCUGAAGGUGAAAGAGCGCCGCGUCCCAGUGGUCUGGAAACAGAGGAAGAUUUACAAUGGGGAAGAGCAGGUCGACUGCUGGUUUGCCAGGAACAGCGCGGCCAAACUGAUUGAUGGGCAGUAUGAGGAUUACCUGGCAGCACAUCCUUUUGACACGGAAACAACAUUUGGCUUGAGGGAAUCCAGGGGACUCUGAAACUGGCAGCCUUGAUGAUAAGUGUCUGACAGGGAAGUGACUUUGGGGACACCAUGGUGCGGCUCCUCCGUAGCUUGGCCUGACUCAUUUCUUGGCAAUUAGACGCUCUCCAUAACCUACCCCUGGUGGAGUGUAGGUCCCGGGUCUGCUUGAGCAAAGGACAGGGACAGGAAACUUGAGUGAACGUGUUCUUUCCUUCUGCCUGCUCUUCCUGCCCUGCCCCCUCCCUCCCUCCUACAGCAGAGAAACAUUGUAGCACCAAGGGCAGGAAGGUCAAGUUCAAAACACAGCGUUCUGUGUCUUGUACCAACCAGCUUCUCAUGGGGGAAGGUGCCAUGGAAUUUGUUUGCUCUGUGGAAAUGGCCAGGUUUGGACACUCUGCUUUCUGCCUUAUGCUAAUGCUUAGGAACCUCUCUCUUU